AAUGAAAAACGGUAGGUUGAUCAAAUCAAAUUGUCCUUAUCUAUAUUCUUAGAAUCCAAUUCCCUCUCUCCGUUAACACCGGUCAAUCUUCUCUUCCACAUCCAUCAGAUCAUUCUCAAUAGAGGAAUCUGCAAGUUUUUUAAUGGCGGAAGCGAAGCUUUUUGAACUCAACAAUGGCACCAUGAAAGUCAACGUCUCCAAUUAUGGCUGCACCAUUACUUCUCUGUCGGUGCCAGAUAAAGAUGGGAAAUUGACUGAUAUUGUUCUUGGAUUUGACACGCUUGAACCCUAUCUGAAAGGAGCGGCACCUUUUUUUGGCUGCAUUGUUGGCCGGGUAGCAAACAGGAUCAAAGAUGGGAAAUUUAUGCUCAAUGGCGUUGAAUACUCUUUGCCAAUCAACAAGCCACCAAACAGUCUCCACGGUGGACACAAGGGAUAUGACAAGGUUAUUUGGGAAGUUGCUGAGUAUAAACAAGGUGAAAAACCAUCAAUUACCUUCAAAUAUCAUUCUCGUGAUGGUGAAGAAGGUUAUCCAGGCGAUGUCCACAUCACUGCAAGUUAUACACUCGUGUCUAAGACGACCAUGAGGCUUGACAUGGAAGCAGUUCCGGAAAAUAAACCAACACCUAUCAGUUUAGCUCAACACACAUAUUGGAAUUUAGCAGGUCAUAAUUCAGGAAAUGUUCUUGAUCAUACAAUUCAGAUAUGGGCAAAGCAUAUAACUCCUGUGGAUCACAACACUGUCCCAACCGGUGAAAUCAUGCCAGUCGAAGGAACUCCAUUCGACUUCACCACUGAAAAUAAAAUUGGUAGUCGUAUCCACCAGGUUGGACUCGGAUAUGACCAUAAUUAUGUGCUCGACUGUGGAGAUGAAAAGUUGGGGUUGAAGCAUGCAGCAAAAUUGAAGGAUCCGGCUAGCUCAAGGACUCUGAAUUUAUGGACCAAUGCUCCUGCUAUGCAGUUUUACACUGCAAAUUAUGUGAAUGGUAUCGUCGGUAAAGGUGGUGUUGUGUAUGGAAAGCAAUCUGGGGUCUGUCUUGAGACACAAGGAUUUCCUAAUGCCAUCAACCAACCAAAUUUUCCAUCUAUUGUUGUUCAACCAGGCGAGAAGUAUAAACACAGCAUGCUGUAUGAGUUCUCCGCUGAGUAGGGUUCGACCUAUUCUGCAAAGUAAAUACUAAUUUCCCUUUUUCUUCCUUUAUUAUGAAGAAUUUUGAUGAAAAUAAUGGAAGUGUACUUUUGAUGAGUCUAUGAUGUUUGGAAACCAACACAUGAUUAAUAUUUUGAACUUUGAAUUGCAAAAGUUUUCCGUG